AUGGGGAGACGAAACAAGAAGCCCCCGCCGCGGGUCUACCACGACGGCCUGAUCCCCGCCACCCACGACACCUACCAGAGCUAUCCCGAGGUGGUCGGGGACGACUUCGACCAGGUCAAGCACGAGAAGAGCUACCCGGAACUGGCGCCCCCACAGGACGAUCCCGACCAACAACCACCUCCCCAACCACAUCACCAAUACCACCAACACCAACAAGACCCCCCAGACAACCAACCCAACCACCAACACGCCCACCACCCCUCCACAAUCCUCGCCCCGCCCAACAACAACAACAACAACGCCAACAACAACCUCUCCCACCACCACUCCCCUCUCUCCCCGCUCUCCGGCUCCAACCCCCCCCACUCACAUUCCCAACCCCCACCAUCCUCAUCAUCAGCACCCGCACCCCCGCCGCUAAUCCACCCCCUCGCGGGUCUGCCCCGUCCCUCGGGGGUGCACUCGCUGCGGCAGGCGUGGAGCGAGCCGGGCGACCCGGAGGACCCGCACGGCGUGCUGCUGGACGCGGACCGUGUGGCGUGGUGGAAGCGGCCGGUGUUUUGGGUGUUGGUGGUGGCCGGGGCGGUGAUCGUGGUGUUGGCGGGGAUAUUGGGGGGGGUGGCGAGUGGGAGGGUGGGGACGGCGCUUGGGGGGGUGGGCGGUGCUGGUGGGAGGGGGGAGGGGAGCAGCGGCUCGAUGCCUCCCGUGGCGAACCCUACUUGCCCUGGAUCCGGUAACCGCAACUACACCACCAGCGUGGCCGGCGCCAUGCCCAAGACCUUUCGGAUUCAGUGCGGCGCCAACUAUCCUGGCGGGGACGGGAUCCUGGGACUGCGGAAGACCGGCUCCAUCGAUACCAUCGCGGGCUGCUUUGACGCGUGUGCGCGUGAGUCGGGGUGUGUGGCGGCCGUGUUUAGCCCCGGGGAUGCGGUGGAAUGUUGGCUCAAGGAGUUUGUGGGGGUUGUUCAGACCGGAGGGAAGGCUGAGGGAAUGGUAUUCGGGAUGGAGGUGGGCCGUUGUCAAACAGUGCGGACGACGCUCCAUACUUGGAGAGUCAUUCAACAAACACAUGCCUCCCAAUCUUCAACCAACAACAUGAGUUCCCAAUCCGAAUCACAAACCGAGGCCUCACAGUCAAAAACACCCGCCGAGGGCAAGUAUCCCUACUCCUUGUUGAGCUUCAUGAACGCUGACGAGCUGUGA